AUGUUUGACAACACGCAGUACCCCUAUAACUGCUUCAAUUAUGAUGGGGAUGAUUAUCCUACCUGUAGUUCUGACGAAGAGAAGAAAUUCACCAGACCAGCGUACAGCUACAUUGCCUUAAUUGCAAUGGCCAUCCAGCAAAGCCCUUCAAAUAAAGUCACCCUCUCUGGCAUUUAUGACUUUAUAAUGAAGAAAUUUCCUUACUACAGAUCAAAUCAAAGAGCCUGGCAGAACUCCAUCCGACAUAACUUAUCGCUUAACAGUUGUUUUGUGAAGGUCCCCAGGACAGAAGGGAAUGAGAAGGGGAAAGGAAACUAUUGGAGCUUUGCAGCAGGAUGCGAGUCCAUGCUGGAUCUCUUUGAAAAUGGGAAUUACAGGAGAAGACGGAGGAGGAGGAACGUGAAAAGGGAACACAAGGAGCAGAGACCCAGCAGAGUGAAAAGUCCUUCGUCCCCCAAUAUCUCUUCUGUGGACUCUGCUUUGAACAACAUUUCCUCUUCUGAAAGCAAACAUGAAAGAAUUGAACCGGGUGCAAAACUUCUGGAGCCUUGUGGGUUUGCUCCAAACAGCGUGACCAACAGGCAGAGCCUGAGCAAUUCCUCCUUAACAAAAUCGGAUUCUGAAAUCAAAUUCAGCAUCGAUUACAUCCUUUCAGCCCCCGACCCUUUGCCUGUCCUGAGAUCUCAAUAUAACAUGCAAGAAAAUAAAUAUCACCUACUGGAGGCCCCGCAUAUUAAUCUCCAGUUCUGGACAAUGUGA